AUGGCACCAUGUUCGCGCUGGGGAUGGUUCUUGAUCGUCGCCCUCGUCCUCCUGCUCACGCUCGUUCCGUCCGUCGAGGGCCACCGCAGCAAGAAGAGGCCUCAACAGCCCCCUCAAGCGCCCGCGCCAGUACCGGCACCAUCAAUAGUCCCUGUGCCACCACCCGUCGUGCCUCCUCCGGCCCCGGUUCCUCCACCGUCCCCAGCACCACCUCCGACACCACCUACGAAACCACCUACGAAACCAUCUACGACACCGUCUAGGAAACCAACUGCAGCACCCACUACGAAACCGCUGCCACGGCCGGCCCCGGUAGCACCAGCGCCGAAACCAAAACCUGCACCACCGGCGUCAAAACCACAACCUGUACCACCAAAGCCCAAGCCCGACUUUACUGAUGAGGAGAUAAACAACGGGACAGCGUUGGCGAAGCUGAACUUGAGGGCACUCAAGAAUGCGCGGACCAUGAACACACCGCAAACACAUCUAGGCGACAACAAUCCAUGCCAAGGCGCGAAUGUGCCCAUGCGUAAGGAAUGGCGGUCUCUGCCACCACCUGAACGCAAGGCUUUCAUUGCGGCUGUCCAGUGUAUCAUGAGGCAGCCUGUCUUGUCAGAUCCGAAGCGGGUUCCCAUGGCGAAAUCCCUUUACGACGACUUUGUCGCGGUUCACUACACCAGUUUCAAGAACACACAUCUUACUGCGUCUUUCUUCGCCUGGCACCGGUAUUAUCUCGCCAGUUUUGAACAGAGAUUGCGCUCUCAGUGUGGAUAUAAAGGAGCUCUGCCCUACUGGGAAUGGGGCCUGGACAUCAACAACCCGGCCGCCUCGCCCGUUUUCGACGGAUCCGAGACAUCGCUAGGAAGCGACGGCGAAUUCAUCCCCCACGACGGCCUCCGACUCCGCCAGCCGUUCACAAAGAACCUCAUCACCCUCAAACCAGGCUCCGGCGGCGGCUGCGUGAAAGAAGGCCCUUUCAAGGACAUGCGGGUACACAUCGGUCCCGCCGCGCUGGCGCAGUACGGCACGGACAAGCCCUUCAACGUCUCGAACCCGCUCGAGGACCUCCCGCGGUGCCUCAAGCGGGACCUGAACAAAGACGUCGCCACCCGCUUCAACUCGUUCCGUAACACGACACUGCUCAUCCUCCAGCAGACGACCAUCAAGAACUUCUCGUCCCUGCUGCAGGGCGACGACCGCUUCUUCCCCAACACGCUCGGCGUCCACGGCGGCGGCCACUUGAUCAUCGGCGGCGACCCCGGCGCGGACGCCUUCAUCGCGCCCGGGGAUCCCGCCUUCUGGCUGCACCAGGCCCAGGUCGACCGCGUUUACUGGAUCUGGCAGAACCUCAACUUCAGAAACCGGCAGGACGUCUUCGGCACCAUGACGCUGCAGGACAACCCCAAGAGCCCUAACGGCAGCGUCGAGGACGCCAUCGACCUGACGCCCAUCAAUUCGCCGGUAAAGAUCAAGUACCUGAUGAAUACGGCGUCCGGCGCGCCAUUAUGCUAUAUGUACCAGUGA